UGAAAUAUUUAAAUAUUAUAACUUAGUUACUUGGUUCCUUUUUUUCUCAUUUUUAACUGUUGUUUAACAAACUAUAUUCCUGCAUAUUUGCAAAGGGAGUCAAAGAAGCAUUGAUCUGUUUGCUCUUUUAUUAAGAUCGUUGACAUCAUUCUUGUUUUUUAUUGUAAUAAAGAAGCAUUGCAAGCAUCAACAAUAAUGGCUAAUCCUGACUUCUAUCAUUAGGGUGUGUGAGAACUCUCAGUGUAUACCAAACAUUUUUGUCUUUGUUGAAUGAGAGUGGAGUGAUAUACUAUCUGGAAAGAUUAAGCAUGCAGUCUGCCUUUACGUACAUUUUUUUAAACAUAAAUAUGUGUGUAAUGAGUCAUUCUGAAGAGCUCACUAAAUUGGUACUGCAGUGGUAUUGUAACAGGAUGGCACCCCUGCAACAAGUCACUUUGUUAAAUUUCCUAGACAUUUCAGAAUCAGCUGUAAGUGAGCACAGUUGUGGCUGUCUUCCUGAUGCAAUCAUGGAUAUUUGUUGUUUCAUCCUGAACACGAUUCUGACACACACUAAUCCUCAGCCUCCUUCCUUCUACUUAGCCUACAGUCUCAGGGUGCUAUAUUUGGGAUAAAACCCUCCAUGCAUAGGACAGAGUCAGUGGCAUCUAACUUCUCCUUUGGCCAGCUUAUUAUCCCAGCAGGGUAUUUGGUGACUGGCAGGGUGCAGGUGUUGAUAGCCCCGCAUCUUUUUCUUCCCAUUCAGCUGAGUCCUCAGGACUUGACUUACACUCUGGAGGUAUUUGGCGGUUGCGGCUUUCCUAGUAACAUCUUCAUGGUUCCCAUUUGCCUGUGAGAUUCCAUCGUACUCAUAGUUAUCCUCAAUGUCUGCAGUGUUGCCUUCUGGUAGUGCAGUCCCCUCAGGGCUGGACUGGGGAAAAAAAUCAAUAUGGCUGGUGGGCCAUAUAUCUAUAUAUUAUACAUAUAUAGAUAUCUCUAUGCAUUUCAUUUUGUUUAACAGGUUUUAAUCAGUUUGGUACAGUUGCUGCUAUUUAUUUCUUGGUUGCACUGUAGAAAGUCAAAAUUUGAAGCUACACUUUAGCUCUUAGCAGUGGCUCAUGGUUAAAGUAGCCAUUUAUUUAACCCAAAUCCUUGAAUCUCUCAUAUCCUAUUUAUGUCUUUCCAUCUAUACUCUUACUCUUUAAUUUCAUCUUCCUUCGUCUCUUCCUCACUUCUCUACAGCUGGUGCUGGCAGCAGCAGCCUCCUGUCACUGUGAGACCUGGUUACGAGUUGUUACUGGUACUACUGUUCACCAUGCGGUAACAGCCCCACAGCUAAUAUGUCGGUUAAUUUGACACACUAUUAUUAGCUUACUUUUUGUUGUUUUCUCUCAGUUUUCAAGCUCAACCUUUUCACCACUUCUUCCACAUUAAAGUUUUCCUACAGUGUGCAUGAGCGCACAGUGAAGAUAGGGGAGGGGCUGGUCCUUUGUCAGCUCAAUUUUGUGAAGUGUUUUACAUAGGAGGAAGAGUGAUUGCAACUGCAGUGACAGUGGCAUACUAAGGGUUGAAAAACAGGAAGUGUUGCACUUGGAGUUUUCAAGUGCAACAGUUCAUACGAUUUGGUCUGCUCACUUAUCAAUAUGGCUCUCUAUCUCAGGAUUCUUUAUAUCAUCACUGGACUAACAGGAGUUCACAGCAUAACUACAGUCAGUAAAGUAUCAGUGAAAACUGGGAAAUCGAUCUCCAUCCCAUGUCUAUAUGGGUCCCAAUACAAAAACCAUGUGAAGUACUUGUGUGAAGGACCUAAAUGGAGAUUCUGCCGCGAUGUAGUAAAAACAAACAAAGCAGACCCUUCAGGAAAAUAUUCAAUCUCUGAUGAUAAAAGACAAUUUAUUUUUACUGUAACUAUAAACAAUCUGACAAAUAAAAACACUGAUUACUGGUGUGUGGUGGAGAUUAAUAAUGGACCGGAUUAUGGAGGGCAUUUUCAACUGUCAGUUACCAGAGGUAUCCCCAGACUCUAUGUGGAUCAUCAGAGGAUUACAGGAUACAUUGGAGAAAACAUAACUAUUAGAUGCCACCACAGUAACUCUGGAGAAAUGAAGUGGUGCAGGCUGGGCAGGAACUGUGUGACAGGAUCAUCAGGAUCCAUAGAUGGUGCAGCAGUGACCGCUCAUAUGAGAGACCCAAAUGUUUUCACAGUGACCAUGAGUGGACUAAAGUCAGAGGACAGUGGCUGGUAUUUGUGUGCUGAAGGGGACAUUCAGAUACCAGUAUAUUUAACUGUUACUGAGAAACCAAUCACUACUACUGCCCAUACUUUUACUGGAGAUGGAACAAUUACCACAUUAAAAAAUGAACAACAAAGAGCUUCAUUUGACCUCAAGAUCCUCAUCAUCCCUCUGAGUGUGUUAAUCUUUAUUGUAAUUGUGGUGUUGUUCAUCUGGUUGAUACUGAGACACAAGCAGAGAAAAGCAGACUCAUCAGUCACAGCAAUGGCCAGAGUGGAGGUAGCAUACGCUGAAGUUAGACCCAAGAAAAAACACUUAGGCAAGGUGGACCAGGAAGUAAUAUAUGCCAAUGUGGGAAACAUUAGAAGAAAACAAGCCGAGAUGUCACUUCCUGAAAGUGAUGGGGAAAUCAUGUAUAGUUCAGUUGUUACCAUAAAGAAACAAGAGGGUAAAUAUUAAAAGACUGAAACCAAACACACACGAUUUCCCACUUGCUUUUUCCUGCUUUUCAAAUAAUUUAGCUCAUUCUCCUCAUAAGACAUGAUUCGCUUUAAAUUUGGUCACCUUGGUCUUUGCUUUUUCUUUCUAAUUUUCACAUUUUUUUCUGUUCUCUGUUCUCAGGGUGAAGCAAAAGACACAGAAGUUACGUGCAGCACAUUAGCUAAUCACUACUGAAACAUUUAAAUAUUAGAACUUUUGGCCUUUCUAUCUUUUUUAUAUCUACCUUUUACUGGAGUUUUUGCAGGAUACAGUGUUUUCUUUUGCUGUCAGCACAUCGAUCACUGAGCCAUGCAGUAUGCCUACAAUUUAGAAAGAUUUGCAUUCUCCAAAGAGCUCACUGAACUGGUCCAGUAAUGGUAUUGUAAUAGGAUGCGACUGUUGCAAAAAGUCAGUUUGUGAAAUUUCUUCUCGCCUAGGUCUUCCACAAUCAACUCUAAGUUAUGUUAUUGCAACCUGGAAACAUUUUGGAACCACGGCAUCUCAGCAAUGCAUUGGUAGUACAGCAAGAUUGCUGAGUGCUUCAAGGCAUGGGUUUCUAAGUUUCUGACCAGGGUUCUGAGUUUUCCUGGGUUUAACUAUAAUUUGUGGUUUGGAUUUCUCAUGGAUCAUGUUUUUUUGUGUCUUGUUUGCUUUGUUUAGAGUUUUUGCUUUAAUUUAAUCCAUUAUGUUGUAAGACUAGUUUAUUUUAUCUUUUGCACAGAGCUGAUUAUUCAUGUCUUCCAGUUCAUCCAAAUCCUCCCUGUGUUUCCUUGUCUUGUUAAGUCUGUCCCUGUGCCCCAUUUUAUUUACUUCCUGUUUUGCUUUGUAUAAUCUGUUCCUCGUGUGUGUGUGUGUGUUUAGAUUUAUGGACAUUGUUUCCUGCCAUUCAGUUACUUUUCUGUCUGCUAUAAACACACUCUUAAACCUUGUUGAAAGAACGUCCCAGAAGAGUCGAAGCUCUUAUAGUUGCUUAACUGUCAAUUUUGUUUCUGUUCUCCAACAGGGUGAAGGAAAAGGCACAGAAGUUACAUACAGCACACUAGCUACUCUCCACUGAAAUAUUUAAAUGUUAUAACCUUUUUCAUUUUGUGUACCUGUAUUACUGGAGUCUUUGUCAGACAAGUGCUGCAAUGUGUUAUCUGCUCUCAUCAGCUUGUUAUAUGAUUAGUUUUUUCUCACUUUUAACUGUCGUUUAACAAACUAUAUUCCUGCAUAUUUGCAAAAUGAGUCAAAGAAGUGUUUACCUGUUUGCUCUUUUAUCAAGAUCGUUGACAUUAAUCUGUUUUUUUUGUAAUAAAGAAGCAUUGCAAGCAUCAACAAUAAUGGCUAAUCCUGACUUCUAUCAUUAGGGUGUGUGA